AUGUUUGCACCACCACAACAUCUACUUGGUAUCAACAACGACAACAAUAUCAUUGUAAAGCAUUGGGUCACCUAUCAACCGAUACUAGAGAGAUGGAUAACAGAGAUCAUUGUAAACACAAACACAUACUUGGUGCAGAACUUCCAACCCUUGACAUUGAUCCUUACAACUAUCAUUGUAACAAUCAUCUCAUCGUCCAUUAUCAAAGUACUUGGACGUGGAAGAUCAAUUAAACAACAAGUGUUUACACUGGUAAAGUUGAUACCUGCUGUAAAGAGAGAGAUAAAGAAACAAAGAGAAAAGGUCAAGGACAAGGUGUCAAAGUCAUUCAAGACGGAUAGGACCAAUGCCCACUUUGUACUACCUGAACAGGGCAUGUCACACAAUGAGAUCAUAACCUUUAUGCAGAGACUAAUGGAGAAGGAUGAAUCAAUAUGGAGCACAAGCAAAGUCAGUGGAUGUGUUUAUCUGGGUGAGAAUGAACACAGCCAACUUCUCAACGUGGCCUACUCCAUGUUCUCUCUAUCCAACCCAUUACAUCCAGAGGUAUUCCCAAGCAUCAGAAAGUUUGAGACAGAGACCAUUGCCAUGGUGGCAAACAUGUUGAAUGCACAUCCAAAGGUUGUAGGUGCAAUGACAAGUGGAGGUACCGAAAGUAUUGUCAUGGCCGUCAAGGCCUAUAGAGAUUACUACAAGAACAGAACUUCAACACCAGAAAUAGUUGUACCAAUUACAAUUCACGCAGCAUUUGACAAGGCAUGUGGAUACCUUGGUAUAAAGAUUGUUCACAUACCAAUUGGUAAGGACUUCAAGGUGGACAUCAAAAAGGUUAGACGUGCAAUCAACAAGAACACAAUUAUGUUGGGUGGAUCAGCUGUCAACUUCCCACAUGGAAUCAUUGAUGACAUUGAGGCACUGUCAGAACUUGCACUGGACAAUGACAUUGGUCUACAUGUGGAUGCUUGUCUGGGUGGCUUUGUCUUGCCAUUUGCAGAGGAACUUGGAUACUCUGUACCACCGUUUGAUUUCCGUUUGGCUGGAGUCACUUCAAUAUCAGUGGACACUCACAAGUUUGGCUAUGCUUCAAAGGGAACAUCUGUUGUUCUCUUUGGAAAGCCAAAAUUGAGGAGAUCAAUGUACUUUACAGCACCAGAUUGGCCAGGUGGAAUCUAUGCCUCCCCUACCCUACCAGGUAGUAGGCCAGGCGGACUGGUUGCAUCUAGUUGGGCAUCAUUGGUUGCUCAAGGUCGUCAAGGUUAUCGUAACAAGGUACAAGGUAUAAUGGUAACUGCAACUAGAAUAAUUGAAGGACUAAGACAAAUAGAAGGACUGACUAUUAUUGGUGAACCCAAAGCAAUGGUCGUUGCCUUUACCUGUAAGAAUAUAUACUUUGUCAAUGAUCAGAUGACCAAGAAGGGAUGGCAUCUGAACGCCUUGCAGAAACCAGAGAGUAUACAUAUUUGUAUCACUGCCAAGCACAUUGGAAUGGAGAACGUCUUUGUCCAGGACGUUCAGGAAUCAUUGCGCGAACUCAAUGCCAUGGACAAACUACCAACAGAUGGAUUUGCACCAAUCUAUGGCACUGCAUCGUCAAUUUCAGAUCGUAGUAUGAUUGGUGUAAUACUUGGAGACUUUAUUGAUGUCCUUAUCACAAGGGAUAAGGAUCAAAAGAAGUAG